AUGCUUCCGAGGCCUCGGCCGUGUCGUCUUUCCACCUUGAAUAUGGUAGCCAAAGCUUUGACGUAUCUAGGUCUCCUCGCCCAGGUCGCCAGCGCAGCGACCUGGAAGAACCAUGCAGAUUUCCUUCACAGUCCAGGUCCUGAGGAGAUUCCCAGCCCUCUCGCAACCGGCGCCGGCUGGGAAGACGCCUUCGUCAAGGCCACCGACUUCAUCUCCCGACUCACCCUCGAAGAGAAAGUCGCUCUAGUCUCCGGUACGGAGGGUCCCUGUGUUGGCAACAUUGCACCCAUCAACCGUCUCAAUUUCACUGGACUUUGUAUUCAGAAUGGUCCUCUAGCUCUUCAGCAGGGAACUUACUCUUCUGUCUUCGGUGCUGGACUUACCGUCGCGACUAGUUGGCAUAGGGACGGUGCGUACACGAGAGGCCACCAGCUUGCUGAGGAGUUUCGAGGGAAGGGCAGUCAGGUCAUUCUUGGGCCUGUUGCGGGGCCGUUGGGGAGGCAUGCGAAUGGGGGGAGGAAUUGGGAGAGGUUUAGCCCGGAUCCGUAUCUCACGGGAGAGCUUUUCUCGGAGACGAUUGUGGGGAUGCAGGAUGGGGGUGUGCAGGCUUGUGCUAAACACUAUAUCGGCAACGAACAAGAGACUCAACGCCAGCCCAGCACGGUCAAUGGCACCACGGUCGAGAGCGUCUCAGCAAAUAUCGAUGAUCGCACUAUGCAUGAACUAUACCUCUGGCCUUUUGCGCAGGCCGUGAAGGCUGGUGUUGCGAGUGUCAUGUGCAGUUACAACCGUCUCAACCAGACCUAUGCAUGCCAGAACAGCAAAGCUCAGAACGACAUCCUCAAGGGCGAGCUUGGGUUUCAGGGAUAUGUCAUGAGUGACUGGGAUGCUACGCAUAGUGGUGCUUUGGCGGUCAAUGCUGGCGAGGACAUGGAAAUGCCGGGCACCGCCUCAUCCGGAGAUGCCUUCUUCCACCAGAAUCUCACCAACUCUGUCAACAAUGGCUCCGUGUCCACCGACCGUAUCGACGACAUGGCGAAGCGGAUCCUAACACCAUACUUCCACCUCAAGCAAGACCAGGAUUUCCCAGGUACGGAUCCGGCCUCCGUUGCCACCAAUGCCAUUCUCUUCAGCAAUCCCGGCUCAUACGAAUACAACUACACCUUCGGCGAUGAAGCCAAUAUCGACGUUCGCGCCGAUCACGGAGAGUCUAUUCGCGAGGCAGGUGCAGCUGGGACAGUGCUGCUGAAGAAUGUCAACAGCACUCUGCCUCUGAAGAAUCCACGCCAUAUUGGAGUCUUCGGUAAUGAUGCUGGAGACUUUACGAAUGGUAUGUCGUAUUUUACCUUCAACGGUAUUGGCAACUACGAAUAUGGCACCCUGGCCACCGGCGGAGGAUCCGGAUCUGGUCUCUUCACCUAUGUCGUCUCACCGCUUGAAGCGAUCAAGCAGCGCGUAGGUCGCAAGGAUAAGGGCCUCGUGCAGUACGUCCUCAACAACACUGCUAUCAUCCAAGACACAUCAUCUUGCAACGCAUCAUCAUCAUGCACACCGGAUGCUAUAAAUGCGAACGGCAGCCCUUACAUCGUCACCCUGCAACCACAACCCCCAGAGGUCUGCCUCGUCUUCGUCAAAAGCUGGGCGACAGAGUCCGAAGACCGCACAUCCCUCGACUUCGACUGGCAAGGUGACCAAGUCGUGGAAACAAUCGCAUCAUGGUGCCCGAAUACCAUUGUCGUCACGCACUCUGGUGGUGUCAACGUCAUGCCCUGGGCAGACCACCCUAACAUCACCGCUAUUCUCGCGGCUCACCUCCCUGGCGAAGAAUCUGGGAACAGUAUCGUUGAUGUCCUGUGGGGUGAAUCUGAACCCUCUGGAAGACUUCCUUACACCAUCGCCAAGAAAGCGUCUGACUACGACUUCGCACCUAUCACGAAUUCCACUGCACUCUUCCAGACGACGAACCCUUACGCGUGGCAGGCAGACUUCACCGAAGGUACGCUAACUGACUACCGUCAUUUCGACUACUACAACACUUCAGUACAGUACCCCUUCGGCUACGGCCUCUCCUACACAACUUUCUCCCUCGCAUCGGAGUUGACCAUAACCCCAACCUCAAACGUCACCAUCACCGCAACCCCGCCUGAAGCACCUACAGCGCCAGGUGGGAACCCUCACCUAUGGGAAACACUCUAUACCAUCAAAGCCACCAUCACCAACACCGGAACACGAGCCGGUGCGGCGGUUCCGCAGCUUUACCUCAGCCUCCCAGGGCCACGUGGAGGCGGUAUUGAGCCGAAGAAUGUACUGAGAGGGUUUGAGAAGGUCAGGCUAGAGGUCGGAGAGAGUAAAGUUGUGGAGUUUGCGUUGAAGAGAAGGGAUGUUAGCUAUUGGGAUGUGGUGACGCAACAGUGGACGGUUGCGGAUGGUGAGGUUGUGGCGAGGGUGGGGUGGAGUAGUAGGGAGUUUGAAGUGGAGGGACGGUUCAGGCUGUUAGAGUGA